AUGGAGAGCUUGGGCUUGCAAGCAGUGACCCUUAGUGACGGGACGACAGCCUACAUUCAGCAGGCUGUCAAAGGUGAAAAACUGAUUGAAGGGCAAGUCAUUGAACUUGAAGAUGGGACCACAGCUUACAUCCAUCAGGUGACAGUUCAGAAAGAGUCUGUGGCUUUUGAAGAUGCUCAGCCAGUAGUGUUGGAAGAUGGCAGUAUGGCCUACAUACACAACACAGUGAAAGAAAGUUAUGAGCCCAGCACCUUUGAGGCUGUCCAGCUGGAGGAUGGCUCCACUGCCUAUAUACAUCAUCCUGUCAUCAUGCCACCUGGCAGCACCAUCCUGGAAGUGCAGGCAGAAACUGGGCUGGAGGAGUUGGCUGGAGAGGAGGAAGACGAUGCCUUUGAUGUCGAGACCAUGAAUGCAUUAAAGCAGUACGCCAGUAAGGAUUUGCAGGAGGAGGAAGUGCACAGCAAUGAGAAGGGGCAGCAGGUUGGCAGCAGAGCUUUCCGUUGUGGAUACAAAGGCUGUGGCCGCCUCUAUACCACUGCCCACCAUCUAAAGGUACAUGAACGUGCUCACACAGGUGAUCGGCCAUAUACCUGCGACUUCCCAAGCUGUGGGAAAGCAUUUGCUACAGGGUAUGGGCUGAAGAGCCAUGUGAGAACACAUACCGGUGAGAAACCGUACAAGUGUCCAGAAGACAUGUGUGGCAAAGCUUUCAAAACCUCUGGGGAUCUACAGAAACACAUCCGGACACACACAGGUGAGCGUCCCUUCAAGUGCCCGUUUGUGGGCUGUGGCCGCUCUUUUACCACAUCCAACAUCCGCAAGGUUCACAUCCGAACGCACACAGGCGAGCGGCCGUACAUGUGUCCGGAGCCCAACUGUGGAAGGGGCUUCACCAGUGCCACCAACUACAAGAACCACAUGAGAAUCCACACAGGAGAGAAGCCGUACUUGUGCACCGUGCCGGGCUGUGGAAAGCGUUUCACGGAGUACUCCAGCCUCUACAAGCACCACGUGGUCCACACACACUGCAAGCCCUACACCUGCAAUAGUUGUGGCAAGACCUACCGCCAGACCUCCACGCUGGCCAUGCACAAGCGCAGCAGCCACGGCGAGCUGGAGGCCACGGAGGAGAGCGAACAGGCCCUCUACGAACAGCAGCAGCUGGAGGCUGCUGUUGGUGACAGAGGCUCCCCCCUGAAGAGCCAGCAUAUUGCUUUUCUGUCAGAGAUGGAGGAAGAGGAAGAGGAAGAUGACGAUGGUAUGCCUACGCAGGUCUCACUUAUCUCUCAGGAUGGGACAGAGCAGGUCGGUUUGUCGCAGGAAGAUCUGCAGGCCCUGGGUAGUGCAAUCAGCAUGGUGACGCAGAGCGAUGCCCUCGCCGUGCCCGAGGAAGAGCUGGCAGGUGGCGACACACACACCGUGACUGUGGCCAACGCGGAUGGCACCGAGAUGCAGCCGGUUACCAUAGUCACUUCUGGGGCAGUCAUGUCUGAAGAGUCAGCCAUCACGUCCCUCUGUCAUCAGCAGGUGGCAUUGCUGGCUACCGCCAAUGGCACCCACAUCGCAGUGCAGUUAGAAGAGCAGCAGAGCCUGGAGGAAGCCAUCAGCAUGGCCGCAGCAGCAAUCCAGCAUGAACCUGUACCACUUGAGGCAGCCGUGUCUGAGAAUGGGUGCUGA